AAAUUUAAAAGAUAUACACAACUCCAUGUGUUUUUCUAAUUUGGUCUAGUUUGAAAGAAUCCGUGAUCCUUGUUCUGGCCACGAGAGUGUUCAUCUGAAAGAGAAAAAAAAUGAAGUCAGAGAAGCUCUAAUUAAAGCCCCUGUAAUGGAGGACAAGAAAGCAAACAUAAUCGCUGCUAUAUCAAUCUUAGCCCUUGUCGUGGUGAUUAUCGCCGCCCGAGUUUCUCUUAAACUCUCCAAAACGUUUUAUCUCAUCGCCGGCGUCGACAUUUCGUUGAUCCUCGCCGUGUUCUGUUUCCUCAUUAUCCGAAACCGUUACAACAGAGAAAGGAAUCUUUUGGUAUCAAGAUUCCUCUCCGAAGGCAGAGAGCUCCGAACCGAGUACAGUUUCUUGAGAAAAGUCGCCGGAGUCCCGACCAAGUUCAAGCUCGAGGAUCUUGAAGAAGCCACCGAUGGAUUCAGAUCUCUGAUCGGAAAAGGCGGUUCCGGUUCGGUGUUUAAAGGAGUUUUGAAAGACGGGAGUCAAGUCGCGGUUAAGAGAAUCGAAGGAGAAGAGAAAGGAGAAAGAGAGUUCAGAUCCGAAGUAGCUGCCAUAGCUUCUGUGCAGCACAAGAACCUUGUCCGUCUCUACGGUUAUUCCUCUGCCAUUAGCGCGAACCGCCCGAGGUUUCUCGUCUACGAGUAUAUCGUAAACUCGUCUCUCAAUAUUUGGAUUUUCCCGGAGAAAGGAAACAGAAGAAGAUCAGGAGGAGGAUGCUUGUCUUGGUACCAAAGGUAUCAAGUUGCAAUAGAUGUAGCCAAAGCUCUUGCUUAUCUUCACCAUGAUUGUAGAUCAAAGAUCUUGCAUCUUGAUGUUAAACCCGAAAACAUUCUUCUUGAUGAGAAUUACAGAGCGGUUGUAACCGAUUUCGGACUCUCUAAGCUGAUUGCUAGAGAUGAGAGCAAAGUUCUAACCGAUAUCCGCGGGACUCGGGGGUAUUUAGCCCCCGAGUGGCUUCUUGAACACGGUAUUUCGGAGAAAUCCGACGUUUACAGCUACGGAAUCGUGUUAUUGGAGAUGAUUGGAGGACGGAGAAGUAUCUCAAAAGUAGAAGUUAAAGAAACGAGGAAGAAGAAGUUGGAGUACUUCCCAAGGAUUGUGAACCAAAAGAUGAGGGAAAGGAAAGUAAUGGAGAUUGUAGACCCACGGCUGAUAGAAACCAAUGAGUUAAAGGAAGAGGAAGUGAUGAAAUUGGUAUGUGUGGCUAUGUGGUGUAUACAAGAGAAGUCUAAGAACAGGCCUGAUAUGGUUAUGGUGAUUGAGAUGCUUGAAGGGAGAGUUCCUGUUUACGAGCCGCCGGAUUCAGAUGUCGUUGUGGUCGAUCUUUUGGCGGCUGAUGAUGAUGCAAGUAGUACCGGUGUGAGACGGGUAGUAAAUGUUCCGAGAUUGCAAAUUCAGAGGGAGAGGAACUUUCGUUUGCCUUCCAUUUGCUCUAGUAUCAUAUCUCCCAUCUCUCCCCGCUAGUUGUUUUUUUUUUUUUUUUUUGUAUUUUCUCAUUUUUUGUUUGUUAAUUUCAAAUUUAAGCCUAAUUUACUUAGAAUGCUUCCUUGUUGUGUUAUUACUAUAAAACAUCUUUUAAUAUGGAAUAAGCACAAUUUAUAUAA